UUUUGCAAUUUCUAUUUCCUGAUCGAAUUGUUCUGUUUACCGGAGCUGCAGACUCGUUGUUUGCUCGUUCUAUGGCUGCCGUUGACAUCGUCCUUCGCCGUUCAACCCGAAUAGCACAACACCCUCAUCACCAUCACCACACGACCAAACGACGUCCUUUGAAUAACCCUGAAAUAAUAGAAGAAGAAGAAGAAGAAGAAGAUAAUUCUACCAGCGAGAAUGACGAGCUCACCCCACGUGCACUCAGAGCACUCAAACGUCAGCGUUUAGCGCUUGACUCGGACAGUCUUCUACUCCCUCAUAUAGAGGCACAUCAUCGGAGAAAGAGACGUAAAGAGAAUGAUAAUACGAGUAUUGGGCAUGGUAACGUCGGGGAGGUGCGUCGACGCAUGCGCCAAGUACGAACCAGAACCCGUGCUCAAAACGUGCCCAAGCCACGCCACAUUCCACCUCUUGCACCCACAAUCGUCGAUCUACCUCUACAACCAGUUACAACUCAAGAAUCACUUCGUAACGUACUCACCGAUCAACCCAGUAUUUUAGCGCCCAAGGAUGACGAAUCCAAGUCGACCACGGAACCAAAGUUGAUGACGGAGUCGACGGAGCCAGAGCCAUCGACGGAGCCCAAACCAGUAGAGAGCAAGUUGUCGACGCCACUCGACCUUGACUCUUUAAUUCCAUUAGAUCCUUUACCCGAAUUCCCCCCACAUGACCCACCUUAUACCAACUCUCCAGACUUUCAGUCAAACGCCACAUUUCCCACUGGUACAGAUAUGAACCCCUUCUCUUCAAAUGCCAUCCCCUUCGGAUCAUCCCAACCCGGUCCUUUCGGGUCAAAUCCAUUCCCCUCAAAUCCUACCUCCUUCCCCCCUGGCUUCUCUCACGAGUUCAUCCCCCAACCUAGCUUUUCUCCCUCCCAAGACAAUACCUUUUCAAAUACAUUCCCUAACCAAGAGUAUACCAAUGGAUACAACCAAUCCAACGGAUACCCCCAACAAGCCACCUUCUCCCAACCAAACUCGUUCGACUAUACACCCGCUCCGCACCGUGAUCGAGAAGUCAACAUCUGGAAGUUAGCAUGUCAGGAACGAGUAGAAUUCCUACUCCGCCGCUAUGGCAUAGACACUAUUAAAGCCCUCGUCGCAUCCGAAGCACGCACCCGUUUCCCCUCUCCCAACACACACCCCUCCAACACCCGUUUCCGUCUCUACACACCCGCUUCUUACCUCGAACGUGCAAGUUAUACCUACAAGUCCGCAGAACUCGAAGCUGUCGAUUUUGAUAUGGACGACGAAGAGGAUGAAGAUGAGGACUUGGAUGAAUGUGACCUUAGCGCCGACUAUGAUGACGAUUAUGAUGAUGACGAAGAAGAUGCGGAGGGCGAGGACAGCUUGUUUUUGAUGGAUGUUGAAGGUGCUAAGGGGAUUGCGACACCUUGUGUCCCAGCGAUUGUGACCCCUACGGUUCCGACAGUUCCAUCGAUUUUGCCGCCGGUAGCGUCAGUAGCGCCGACACCGCAGAAACAGGCCACGUCACCUCCGAGAUCUACUUCCCCACCUCCGCUUGGUGGGCGGUCUUUAUUGGAUACAAUGCCGACUCCACGCCCUUUAUGUGCGUCCCCAUCGUGUUCCCCUCCACGUCGAACCCCAUCUCCUCCUUCAACGGCCCAGCGACUUCCUGCUCCCUCAACUCCUCCCACGACAUCAACGCCUACACAAACGCCUUCUUUAACGCCCGCGUCUAAUCAAACACUCUCAACACCAACCUCCCCACCAUUACAUCCAACGUCCACCCCCCAAACACCACCGCCAAUACACUCACCCCAAACGCCAUCCUCGACACCGCCACAAAUACACCCGCCUACCUUCCCACGCACUCCACCCCUUUCCUCUCUCCACGUUACCAUCCUCUCCGAGCCUCCCCGCGCAUUCAUGGGGCGUGGCACUCCUCCUGAUAGGAGACGGCUGAGCGAGUGGGGGAGGUGGGGGUGUGUGCAGGUGUAUGGAAAGGGUGGAGAGAGGAGACGGUUGAGUUUAGGACAUGGGGAAAAUCAUAUGCAUCUGCAUCAUGGGCAGCCUAUGCAUGUGGAGAGAGCUUGGGUACGGGUAUGGAGCAGCUGCGUAAAGAGGAUAUAGCGAGGCACGAGAACCCACCACCCCUACAACUCACCGAGCACCAACCCCCGCACGCACCGCAACAACACGAAGAACCGCA